GUUGUUUGUGACCAACCUUGUGUUACGGAAGUUUAUAAAGUGAAUUCUCAUCUACUUUAUUAUAAAUAAUUCUAUUUGAUGGCUGAUGUGAAGUUCUGAAUUGAUGAAGCUGUGUGAAUAAAUUUGGCGCUGUCCUACAGCUUAUCUUGUAAGUAUCUGUCAUAUGAAGCUAUCGGUGCCUAUUUGAGCAAUUUGGAAGUAAGUGGGAUAUGACUUUUAUGUAAUCGGCAACUAUGAAACCUCCAUUUCGUCGUCGAACUGGACCGUCGCGCUUUCUGAUUAAGAGCACUGAGGAAGAGUCGAGUGUGAGUGCCAGAUCCCUCUACAAAGGAUGGAAUCGCAAAGAUCUUCAGAAAUUUUUGCAAGCUUUGAAACAGCAGCAGAAUUUUGAAUCGGCAUUAGAUCUGACUGAGAUUCAAAAGAAAGUUCCCCAACGUUCUCUCAAAGAGAUUGAAGACCUCAUAAUGACCCUGAAGUCACGUGUGCUACAGAAGGUGUAUCUACAGGUCCAGAGUCAGAGGAGAGAGGAGCGCAAAGCUAAAGUUCCCGUUGAAUUGUGGGCAGAGCUGGUACAGAAAAUCUCUAGACCCUAUGAGAAGACAAUUUCUUCUGCCUUUUCCCAGAUGCUUGUGAUUGCUGCCAUUGAGCCCUGUGGCCUGAUGCACUCUGAUCCUCCACACCCCAUCAUACAAACACCUGCUUUCUCCAGUCAACACCCUGUUCAGUCCCCUAAAACCCCAUCUCGGCCUUCUACCUCAGACAUGAGCCCAAAUUCCAGCAUUUCUUCUCCCUCAGUUGCAUCUCUUAUUCAGCCUGACUCUAGUUCUAAUGCUGCUGAUCAUAUUAGCCAACUCGAUAAUACAUCAGGCAGUUCACUAGUGCCUAAAAUGCCUGAAACACCCACACCAAGAUCCUUACAGAUAACAAGAAGCCCAAGCCAACUGCAGUCAGAAGCAGAACCAACAGCAUCCAGUCCUAUUUCCACUGGCCCAGUGUCACCGUCAGUCUCCCCAAAUAAGCACAAUCAAGUUAAUUUGGAACUGUUAGAUCAUGAUUACCUAUGCAAACCAAGAAUGCUGAAGAGUGUUGUGAAUUUUGACAAGAUUUAUCAAUAUCUAAGUGACAUUGACUCCAAAACCUGCAAUUCAGCUCUUACUUCAAUGGAGAGUGCAGUGCUGUUGGAUAUGCUCAUGUGUUUGCCUGAGGAGCUCUCCUUACUGGACUGCAAAGAACUUCAACAUCAUUUUCUCCAGUUACACUCACAGCUCACCAAACCUGCAGAAAUGCCAGCUUCCUCUUCAAACAGUGACAGGGACGUCCUACAGGCUAAUGUAGCCGAUUCUACUGCAUUAACACCCAAACUCAGGCCUACUACGGGAUCCACUAAAGAGCCCUCCAGUGAGUCAUCGGUCACAGAACCAGCAAAGGACAAAAAAGACUGGGCUGCAGCUGGCACCUGUCCUCUCAAUCCUUUGUUAGUUCCGGUAGCCUUGCUGAAAACAUCGGCCCUAGAUUCUGAGAAAUGAUAUGCUUAGCCAGUCUCAGGCUUUUCAGAAUUCAACUAAUUAACGUUCUGUGUGGGUCUUAUGUUUCACUUUGCUACAGGUUCAGAUGUUGUUCUUUUGCCUGGAAAAUGUGUGCAUAUUAAGUAUUCAUACUGUUAUAUUGAUAUGUAAUAAAUAUAUUUAAAUUUCAGAAUGAUGAUUCUGUUAAAAUAAGUUUGCUGUAAAAAAUAGCCAAGACAU